UUACUACUUCAUUUUGGAUCGAACGACAAUGGUUUUUUUCUACUCAGGAUUCUUUUGGAUACAAUGCAGAUGGUUUUCUUUUCUUUUCAGUAAAACCAUAUAAAAGAGCAACAUUUAUAUUAGGUGGAAUAAUUGAAGAAAAACUAAACUUUGAUUCUGUUAAUCAUAUCGAAAUAUACGAUGCACCCAUAAUCAACAAGUGUGAAAAUUAUUUUCCAAAUACUACAAAAUUAAGUUUUACAGAUGGUUGGACUCCAAAGGACAAUUUUAUAGAUAGUAUUUUACCACGUAUUAUUUCUUUAAAACAACUUAGUGAAAUAGUUGUUGAAGAUGUACCUAUCUAUUUUAUGGAUUUAGUUAAAUUAUUAAGUGUUGCAGUAAAUCUCCAUACACUAAAAUUUGAUUAUAUAUCAAUUGAUGAAAUAAAUCCUGCAACUAUUCAGCAAGAUGUAAUUUUUCAAAUGGUAUCCAAGACAAAUGUUGUUAAAGAUCUCACUUCGACAUAUGAUUGUUCAUUGGAAAUAGUUGAAUUAUUGUUUGCCUUAUGUCCACGAUUACAACAUCUUGAAUUACAUUAUAAUUUCACUGAUUUUUUAACAAGUCUAAUGAGAUUAAUUUUAUCAAAAACUAGUAAUAAUAAUCAUCAUUUAUCUUCUUUGUGUUUUAUAGAAGAGACUAAUGAAACGGAAGAAAACUUGAAAAUGGUGAUUAAAAAUGAUAAAUUACUUGAUGAUUAUAUGGUGAAAUGUAUUGAUAAAAAAGUAUAUAUCUGGUGGUAA